UUUCGACCCCACGCUCCAAGCUCACCCCUUAUACUGGGUGCUGCCUGCUUUUGCUUUUGCUUUUCACAUCAACCCCAGAGAGAGGCAGAAAGCCACAGAGGAGAGCGGCAAAGCGUGGGACUUGUCCCUACUUCGGAGAGAAACACCAGACAGCCCGUGGCCAUGGAGGGGCCCGUGUGCCUGGUGGGGAACGGCGCCAACGGGGAGCUGGAGGUGAACCCCGCAGCGCUGGAGAUCCUGCGCGGCGUGGCCCAGCCCGUGGUGGUGGUGGCCAUCGUGGGGCUGUACCGCACCGGCAAGUCGUAUCUCAUGAACUCCUUGGCCGGGAAGCAGAGAGGGUUCUCGCUGGGCUCCACGGUGCAGUCGCACACCAAGGGCAUCUGGAUGUGGUGCCUGCCCCACCCCCGCCGGCCCGGCCACACGCUGGUACUGCUGGACACCGAGGGGCUGGGCGAUGUGGAGAAGGGCGACACCAAGAACGACGUGUGGAUCUUCGCGCUGGCCGUGCUGCUCAGCAGCACCCUGGUCUACAACAGCAAAGGGACCAUCGACCAGUUCGCCAUGGACCAGCUGCACUUCGUGUCGGAGCUGACGGAGCACAUCAAGGUGAAGGCGCAGGGAGGGGACAACGUGGAGGAGGACACAGAGUUCGUCCGCUUCUUCCCCAGCUUCGUCUGGGCCGUGCGGGAUUUCACGCUGGAGCUGAGGAUCGAGGGGCAGCUGGUGACGGAGGAUCAGUACCUGGAGCACGCGCUGGCCCUGAGGAAAGGCAUCAACAAGAAGGUGAUGGAAUUCAACCUGCCGCGUCAGUGCAUCCGCAACUUCUUCCCCACCCGCAAGUGCUUCGUGUUUGUCCAGCCGACGUCGCGGCAGGAGAUGGGCCAGCUGGAUUCGCUGCCCACCAGUGCCCUGGACCCGCAGUUCCUGGACCAGACCCGCCGGUUCUGUGACUACGUCUUCCACUGCUCCCACGUCAAGACAGUCAAAGGAGGGAUUCCAGUCAAUGGGAAAAGGUUCGGCUCCUUAGUGCAGAGCUACGUGGGCACCAUCCGCAGCGGGCAGGUGCCCUGCCUGGACAACGCGGUGACCGCCAUGGCCGCCAUCGAGAACGAGGCGGCCCUCAGGGAGGCGAUGGCUCACUACGCGGCCGGGAUGGGGGCGCUGCGGCUGCCGGCGGAGCUGGCCGAGCUCUCGGCAGCGCACGGGACACACGAGGGGGACGCCCUGCGGCUCUUCAUGCAGCGCUCCUUCAAGGACGAGGAGCAGGAGUUCCAGAAGCAGCUGGUGGCCGGGAUCAUGGAGCGAUACGCAGACAUCCUCGCAGAAAACGAGGCCGUUUCGGAGCAGACCUGCCGCGCCCUGCUGGAGGAGCUCUCGGCCGCCAUGCAGCAGAGACUCAGCGCCGGGCUUUACUCCCAGCCCGGCGGGUACCAGGCCUACGACAGGGACCAGACCCAGGUGGUGGAGAAUUACCGGGCCAAGCCCAACAAAGGAGUCAAGGCGGAGGAGGCUCUGGAGCAGUUCCUGGCCGGUAAGAAGGCCGAGGCGGAGGCCGUGCUGAAGGCCGACAACCUGCUGACGGAGGCGGAGAAGCACGUGGCCGAGGAGAAGCAGAAGGCUGAGAUGCUGGAGCAGCAGCGGAAGGUGGCGGAGGAGAAGCGGCUGCAGACGGAGCAGCUGCUGAAGGACCAGGAGCGCAGCCACCAGGAGAACGUGAAGCAGCUGGAGGCCAAGGUGGCGGAGGAGCUGGCCAGUGCCCGGCAGGAGGCGGAGCGGGCGCUGGAGAGCAAGCUGAAGGAGCAGGAGGCCAUGCUGCAAAAGGGCUUCGUGGAGAAAGCCAGGCUGAUGGAGGACGAGAUCUCGGGCCUCCGGCGGGAGAUCAGCUCCGCCAGCACGACCGACUUUCUGUCAAAGCUUUUCGGCGCCAUUGGGGAAGGGCUGAGAGCCGUCGCCAGCGUGUCCGAUUUUCUGACGUACAGGCGCCAGCGGGGGAAGGGGACGAGUAACCCCAGUAAAACCCAGAGACGAAAGUAGCCGGGCCCCUGUGGGGUCCCCCCCGGCGGCAGGUCCCACAAACGCUGCUUCUCUGCACAGCCGAAAGCUUCUGCUGACUAAUUCCUGCGGUCUGCCAGAUCCCCCAGCUACUAACACAGGGCCCGGCGCUGUCUGCAAAAGGAAGUCACAGGACGCCUGGGUUCUGUCCCCAGCUCCGAGAGGGGAGCAGGGUCUAGUGGUCAGAGCGGGUGGGCUGGAGCCAGGACGUCUGGGUUCUGUGCCCACCUCCUGCACUGUAAUUCUGUGUAACUUUGUGCUGGUCACAUCACUGUUCUGUGCCUCAGUUUCCCCUCUGUGAAAUGGGGACCUUCCCUCUGGGAGGACCAAGUUGUGUUUGUUAGGUGCUGAGCGGAUGGUGCU